UGGUUGAGAAAGUUAGGUGUCUCCUCCCUCCACAUCUAUAUAAAUGAUGAUGCCAUUGCCAACCAGAGGAGCAAGCUCGAUCUCAAAAUCGGGAAGAAGAAGAGAGGAUGUGGAAGGAGGUGAUCAUAGUGGGUGCUGGUGCAGCGGGUCUCUCUGCAUCGGCAUGCCUCAACAAGCUCUCCAUCGACAACCUCAUCCUGGAGAAGGACGACUGCUCGGUGCCGCUGUGGCGGAAGUACUCCUACGACCGCCUCCACCUCCACCUCGCCAAGACUUUCUGCGAGUUGCCGCACCUGCCCUACCCGAAGACCGCGCCGACGUACCUCUCCAAAGACGAAUUCGUCAAGUACAUCGACGCCUACGUCCAGCAGUUCGAUCUCCGGCCUGUCUACGACCGGUGCGUCGAGACCGCGGUUUAUGACCGGGCUGCCGGCGCGUGGACCGUCCGGGCAAAGCAUACCCGGACGGGCGAGGCCGAGGAGUACCGGGCCAGGUUCCUUGUGGUGGCCACCGGAGAGAACAGUGAAGGGUAUGUUCCGGACGUGCCCGGUCUCGACGGGUUCCCGGGAGAGGUGAUGCAUUCUAGCCAGUAUAAGAACGGUGUGCCGUACAAGGACCAAGAUGUUCUGGUCGUUGGGUCGGGAAACUCCGGCAUGGAGAUUGCCCUCGAUCUCUGUAAUCACCAUGCCAGAGCGUCGCUCGUCGUUCGCGCCCCGGUUCAUAUCAUUACAAGAGAGGUGGCCAACCUGGGGCUGCAUUUGUUCAAGUACCUGCCCUACUCAACUGUGGAUUCCCUUCAAGUGCUCCACAGCAAGCUCAAGUAUGGCGACACCGCAAAGUAUGGGAUAGUUAGACCCACGGAGGGGCCGAACCAUCUCAAGGACACCACCGGCAAGUAUCCGGUCGUAGAUAUCGGCACCUUCGAUAAGAUCAAGUCCGGCGACAUUCAGGUGUAUCCAGGAGUGAAAUGCAUACGGAGCAGUGAUCUGGAGUUCGAAAAUGGAUCCACUCGCCGGUUCGACGCAAUAAUCUUUGCAACUGGGUACAAGAGCACAGUUAAGGCUUGGCUUAAGGAUGAUGAUGGCUUCUUUGAUGAAAGUGGCUUCCCUGCAGAGGGCUGGCCAAGCCAGUGGAAGGGCAACAAUGGCCUCUACUGUGUUGGCUUUUCAAGGAAGGGGUUCUAUGGAAUAGCUGAGGAUGCCAAGAACGUAGCUCAGGACAUCAGUGUGGUGCUUUCCUCUCAAAGUGUAUCAAAACCAAAACCAUGACCUGUUUGUAGCAGAUACAGAUAAUCACACAGAGAGAGAGAGAGGGAUUAUGUAUGAAUGUGCCCUGAACAAUAAUUUACCAUUUUCAUUGUUAUUAUCAUUGUUACCAUGUGGGAAGCAUGAAAUUUGUUCUUUAGGCUCCUCCUUGGGUCUCAGCAAAACGAUUGUAUCUGCCAGUGCGUUUUGUUGACUUGUACAUGCGUUUCAUGCCUUAUUUAACAGAAACCAUUAAGUUAGAUCACA